AUGCAGCGUUUUCUGGCGAAGCUCGAGGCUGUUCUGGAGUCUGAGGAGCUGUCGCCCGGGCUCAUCAACUUCAUAAAGCACGCCGCGGGCUCAGCCCUGCAGGACCUUUCCCUUCCCGACGACGCGACCAGCAACAGCGUCAUGAACAGCGGUGCCACCGGCGGGUCGCAGUCGGCGGCCGCGGCAGGAGCGGACGCGCAGGGCUUUGAGGCACUGGACCUGCAGCUGCGCUUUGCGCAUGACUGCCAGGCCAAGGGCUGUGCUGACGCCGCCUGCCCGCUCUGUGAGCGCAGCCCCGACCGCCCGUGUAGCCGGCAGUUGGACCGCAGCUUUGUGGUCGGCGACCGCCUGGCUGCUCGCUGCGGCGGCUCGCUGCGGUUGGAGCUGGUGCGCCGCUGCUCGGGGGAGCUGUACACCGGGGCGCUGCCCGAUGGCCUGUACCUCGAGCUCCGAGUGGUGGAGGGGGCGCUCUACGAGAAGCGCUUCGCUGAUCAGGCCUACGGGCUGGCGCAUGCCAGCGAGGCAGACAUAGAGGCCAUCAGCCUCCCCCCCGCAGCAGCCAACGGAGGCGCCCUGCUUGCCCUAGGCCUCAUGGAUAGCCGGCCGUCGUCCGACUUGAGCUGCGGUGGUCGCAGCGGCCGGGGCGGCGUGACAACCCUGGACAUGCAGAUCCUGCACGGCUUCGCCAUGCUGCCAGAGCUUCGGGCCUUGGGCAAAGCAACUGAAGUGACUGCUGCCGCCAUUGCGCCGCUGACCAACGUGCGACCGGCGAUCAGCAUGGGCUUUGCCGUGGCCUCGGCGCGCAUGAAGGGCGAUGUGAAGGUGGAGCUUCCGCUGACGACCGGCAAGGUCAAGGGGAUCGUCAACCUCGGCAAGGCGGCUUGCGCCAAGCUCAAGGACCUGCGGGCAGCGGCAGCAGAGCUCCAGAAGUUGCUGGCCCUGGGCGAGGACGCAUGGGAGGAGGUGGUGGAGCACGUGGGCCAAGCCGUCGAGCCAGACACCCGCAUGAGGGCGUGGUUUGAGGGCACAGGGUGA